AUGGGCCCCUGUACCGCCUCCUCAUGCUGCUGCCAGGCCCGUAAUCUGCCAUGGGCCUCCGUACCAACUCCUCAUGCUGCUGCCAGGCCCGUAAUCUGCAUGGGCCCCCUGUACCGCCUCCUCAUGCUGCUGCCAGGUCCAGAGUGUGUCAUGGGUCCCUGUACGGCCUCCCAUUGCUGCUGUCUCCAUCGCCACACUCUGCCAUGUGCCACUUUCAGGUCUCCUCACACUGCUGGUGGUUUCCAUUUUUGUCAUAGGGUGCUGUAUGGCCUCCCAUUGCUGCUGCCUCCACCGCCACACUGUGGCUCCACACUCUGGUUUUGGCCCCGUGACUGCCCAAAUGAGUGAAGUGUGCGGUGAUGAUUCUAAGAUCGACGGCACUCAUCUGCAUGUCAUACUGACUGACAGUAUUAUUUCUCUUCCCCAGCAGACUCCAAGGGCAUUUAAAUUAAAGGUACAGUGUUCUGCACUAAUAUAA